AUGUUACGUACGGAACCAUCGCUUAGUAUUUAUAAUAAUACCGAUGAUGAGGUGGUAGAAGAAACAAUUGGAGGGAACCAGAAUUUGGAGGGAAAAGAAGAAUCGUUGAAGAAAGAUGGGUUGACGAGUUUGGGAUUGGGAAGCCAUGAAUUUAGUUUUGGGAAGAAUGAUCUGGCCUUGAUUGUUGAAGGAGGAAAUGAAGGGACUUUGAGUGGAUUUCGGGAUCUGGGAAUUGCAGAUGAAUCUGUUGUUAGUUCACUGCCUCUUGAUUCAGGACUUGAGAAAGGAGAUGGAUUAGGAUUUGAUUUGAGCAGUACCCUUGAGGAGCAUUAUCGAAAAAUGAUCAGAGAGGAUCCUUCGAACCCUUUGUUCUUGAGGAAUUAUGCUCAACUUUUGCAGUCGAAAGGGGAUUUUUCAAGAGCUGAGGAAUUCUACCUUCGUGCUGCACUUGCAAAUCCUACAGAUGGAGAAAUCCAGCUUCAGUGUGCUAAUCUAGUGUGGCAGCUCCAUCAUGACAGAGUUAAAGCCAUGAAGUACUUUAAAAGAGCAGCUCUUGCAGCUCCAGAAGAUAGUCACGUUCAGGCUGCAUAUGCUAGUUUUUUAUGGGAUAUAGAUGAAGAUGAAGAAGGAAGCAGUUCUUCAGAUGUGGACAAAGAGGUGGAAGAAUUUGGUCGCCAAGUGGAUCACUGUAAUGUGGAUUUGGCAGAAGAGAAAAGACCAGCCAGCCCACCCUUACAUCUUGCGACAGGGCUUGGAAUUGACUUAGCUGGUUUUGAUGAAAGGGUUAUUUCUGCUGAUUGUGUGACAGCAGACUAUGGUGACAGUGUUGAUGAUGAUGGCAUUUAUAAAAGGAUGAUCGAGGAGAAUCCUUCUAACCCUUCAAUUUUGAAGAAUUAUGCAAGAUUUUUGUGUCAGUCUAGGGGAGACCUUCAAGCAGCUGAAGAAUUCUACUCGCGUGCAAUACAAGUUGAUCCUACUGAUGGAGAAGUAAUUAUGCAGUAUGCCGAAGUGAUAUUGCAACUUCAUUGCGACAGACACAAAGCUUCACCCUACUUCAAACAAGCUGCCGAGGUUGCACCAAGUAACAGCAAUGUGCUUGCGGCAUAUGCUAGAUUCCUCUGGGGAGCAGAAGAGGACGAAGAAGAAGACUAG